UCUCAGGCGAACACGUGAAUGAUACAGCUUUUAUUCAGGACAAGGUACAAAAUGAGUCUAAAUAUAUAUUUUUGUGGAAGUAUACACGGCGGCCGCCAAGAUGCCAAUCUCUAUGCCAGAAUUAUUAAACAACUACAGGAAUAUGGGGAGGUACUGACAGAACAUGUUGGGAAAGUUGAAAUUGAAAAAGAAGCAGAAAAACUUGACGCUAAAUUUAUUCAUGAUCGAGACAUUGACUGGUUGGAGACUUCAAAUGUUGUUGUAGCUGAAGUAACACAACCAUCUCUUGGAGUUGGGUAUGAAAUUGGUAGAGCUGUUGCUAUGAAGAAGAAAAUUCUCUGUCUGUACAGACCAACAAACCCAGGAAAAAAGCUGUCCUGUAUGAUUCGAGGUGCACAUGACGGGGAUUCUAUCAAAGUCUUUGAUUACAAAGAAGAAGAAUUACCUAAAAUAUUCAAAGAUUAUUUUGCUGCCCUGUGAUGCUUUCUGUGAAAAUUAUUAUCUAUUAUUGUGGUGUAUAAUGUCAUAGUAGUAAAUAUUACUUUUUUGAAGAUCUAUAUAUUGAAUGUUGUAGAAUGUACAUUACUUUCUAUUGCAAAAUGCUUUCUAUAUUGUUGGGAUGCAGUUAUAUCAAUAAAUUUAACUGAAACAAU